AGAAAGGAUCCACUCGGAGUGCCAAGACUUGUAACCCUGUAGUUAAGAUAAAGCAGCCUGUAUGGAAAGAAGUUGAAAUGCACACGCAAGCGUUCCCCUAGUGGCAGAUAAGCAUUGCUUCUGACGACGACAGCUAGUCAACAUGUACAAAAACCAUGUGCUGACAGUUUGUGCAACGACUGCAAACAAGGGGGUGUUGCACGGAAUGCAGGAAGGGAGGCAAAACUGUACUGUUACCGUGCAAUGGUAACUGCUAUUUAGUGGUAUCCACUCAGAGGAAUCGUGGGAUUUUCCAGGGAUUUUUUUUAAUGAAAGUCUGAGCACUGGGGAAGAAAAACCGCCCUGAAGAAAGAGACGGUACCUUAGGAACUGGAACCCCAGCAAAGGAUGCUAGCUGAGAGUAAUAAAAAUCGGAUUAGCUCUGGGAUGUGUCAGGUUGCGUUGCUCGCAGUGCCCGUUGUGCGGGUCUGUGUCGCAUAGCACCAAGUGACAUUUGUCCCCGUGAGGUAAUGCUGUAACAAGCAGGUUUUGCAUCCCGGUGACCAGCUCCAAGUUCAAGGAUGAAGCUCAUUAACGUGUCCGGUUUUACUUUUCUUCGAUUUAGUCUUUCCAUUUUGGCAGGAACUUGUUUGGUCUUCAUUGUAACAUUCUGGAUGAAACUGGAAGAACCACGGCAUUACAGAGUUGGUAUACACCCAAAUGGGAAAAAUAUCACUUCAGUCAACAUGUAUGUGCCACUACACAAAGAUGUACGCAAGAAGACCAGAUCUGAACAAAGGCAGAGGUUCUCAGAUGAUUAUUAUUUAGAAAGAGUCAAGCAGUUGGAGAAGUUGUCAUGGGAAAAGCAACCAAAUGAACUCCAAGCAUUAAGAUUACAGUUGUCUAUAUGUUGUAAUGCAACAAACAACUUUAUUGUUUCACGCAAUAAUACACCACUUGGUACCAACAUAAGUUAUGAAGUGGACAGAAGAAGAACUAUUGCAGUAACCUGGAAUAUUUUUAGAAUGCUUCCAGAGUCACAGGCCUUAAUGGGCUACCCUUACAAAACCUGUGCUGUAGUUGGAAAUUCUGGAAUCCUGAGAAACAGUAGCUGUCGAGAAGAAAUAGAUCAUGCCGACUUUGUAUUUAGGUGCAAUCUUCCACCUAUUUUCGGAAACUACAGUGAUGAUGUUGGGACUAAAACAAACCUUGUGACUGUUAAUCCUAGCAUUAUAGUACAGAGAUAUGACAAGCUGACUGAAAAAAUAGAACCCUUUCUGAACAGAGUUUCAAGCUAUGGAAAGGCUUUUCUUCUUCUGCCAGCAUUUUCCUACAGAAGCAAUACUGCGGUUUCUUUUAAAGUGUACCACAUUAUGGAACAUGUCCAGGCAGAUCAAAAGCCAAUAUUUUUCCAUCCUAACUAUUUGAGGAACCUUGCCAAGUUCUGGAGAUCCCAGGGCAUUAAAGCCUACCGCCUGUCUUCUGGCUUUAUGUUAGUGAGUGUUGCACUAGAGCUGUGUGAAGAUAUAAGGCUGUAUGGAUUUUGGCCUUUCUCAAGGACAACAGAAGGAAAAAAGAUUAAUCAUCAUUAUUACGAUGACCAAUCUCCCAAGCCAGGUUUUCAUGCAAUGCCAACAGAGUUUUAUCAGUAUCUGAAGCUUCAUAGUAAAGGCAUUGUCAAGGUCCAGCUAGGCAAAUGUACUGCAGGUUAAGUGCUCCAAACUGGAAUCGGACCAGUAGUGGUCAAUAUCCACAGGUUAUGUUGUAAAACUGAGUGCUUGGAUUGAGCAUUUAAUCAGAGCAGUAUUUAGCUUUCUUUACGCCAAAGGAAAAGUAUACUGCAUAUCUUUACAGAAAUCUGCAAAUAUAUAUGCUCUUAAAAAGACUACUGCCAUCUAGUAAACAGAUGAACAUUGUGAUAUACAGUACAGUUCUGAGAACAAAGGAGGAUUGGUAAGCUAGCAUUCUGUGUAGCACUUUCUGGAGCAUGCCUUUGAAAGCACAACAUUCAGGAUAUAUUACUAUAGAUGUAUUCCCUUAUUACCUUUAAUAUAAUUGUUACCGAUGUGAGCAUAAAGCGAACAUGUUAUACGGUAUACAUAAUAAAACUGACUAUGCCCACAACUAGUCAUCCGAUGACAAACUGUUUCUACCUCAGGAAGUCACAUCAAGGCUGCCCAACAUGUGUAUACAUUAAUACAUGCAGCGUAUUUAUUAGUAUUAUUACUGGAAAUGGUUGUUCUUCCAUAACUACAGCUAUUCAAGGGCUCUUCCUAGAUAAUCAUUGCUUUUAUAAUGGAAUAUUGCCAUUUGCACCUCUUUUAGCUGCACUAUGACAAAACUCUUUCUAGCAUAUUCUGUAUCUGCUGGAGCUAGAUUAUUCACAAUUAAACAAAGAUUUCAGUAGAA